CUACCACUCAAUCUCUCCUUGGUCAACCCAUCUUCCCAGGCUUCACCCCCUACUCUCCUUAUGAUUGCUGCUCGCGCUUCUGGCGCGUUUAUAUGCUUUCGAUGUGAGCUUCAUGUCGCUCGGCCACCAUUAGCCGUCCUUUCUCGUCGUCCUCACGCCGCUUUCUCCACCUCCGUCCGUCGCCGCGACGAAGUCGACACAAACGAUGCAGAUGCGUUCCCCGACCAGCGACCACAGCUGAAUAAAUAUCCAUUGGGUCGGAUAUUAAAUCGCAAAGGCAAGCGCGUUCGGGCCACAACUGCACGAUUAGGGGAAGGCGUCAAAACCUUGGGCGACGACGCCGAAAUCAUCGUCUUGAGGGAUGUUGGGCGAGAUCCUGUCCCCGAAGAUGAGCCACAACCCGCUGCCGCCUCCACGACUCCUGCGAAAGGCCCCAAUCUUCGCAUUUCCUUACAAAAUGACUCUAAACCCGCUACGGACGAAGAAAUCGCAAAACAGAUCGACAAUUUGCGACCGAAAACUGACGACGAGAUCGGUGGACCGCAAUAUGUCCACCAAAACGUUUUUGCCCAAAUAUAUAGAAAGCUGGGUAAAGGGUUCACUUCCAAACAGCUUUCAUAUUACUACUCUAUCACGAAAGGUGUGGAGGAACAGCAGGUGCAGAGUGAAGUCUUGGAUGGAUUGAAGCGUAUGCAAAGCCGUCCAGAACAGCCCUUGGAGCGUUCGGCCUGGCAUCCUGGGAUCACGCACAUCUCCCACCGAUUGCCUAGCCUACACUCCGUUCAUGAUUCACGCGGGAAACGGAGUUCGAUUGGUAAGGCUGUGGUGAUUGAUCAAAUCAUGCGUGGCAUUUGGAAGUUGGUGUUAUUGGAGGAAAUCGAGGCUCCAGGAGAAAUGGAAUUGAGAGCGGAGCCGUGGCAGUUGCAUUUGCUCCAGUCUGGAGUCUCUCCUACACCGCUUGACCGCGUUGGAAUAAUCCGAAAAGCGAAAAUCGAGAUUGACGCUUCCAGUAGCGUGAUCAGAAUCACUGCAGAUAAGACCACGGCGGAAUAUGCGGCGGAUGAUAUCGAACAGCUUUUGAAAGGCAUUCACUCUACGCGACUUGACCUCAAGAAGUGGAUACCAUAUUUGUCGGAUUACGACGAGUCCAAGGGAAUGCGCGCAUAUCUUCCUGAUAAUGUACUACAUAACAUCUCGGCGAUGACGCAGGCCUCUGUCCUGCCAGUGACCGGGGAUACAAUUUCAAUACAGGCAUUGAGCCAAAAAGCAACAUCCGAGGCUGAACGCAGUGUGUUGAAAAUGCUUCCUAUUGAAGCACCAGUUGCUCAAAGUUCUGAUACGACAAGGCGUGAUGCUGCAGGCGAUCGAUGUUUUCUCACGCCUGCUUACAUCGAAGACAGCGCGAUGGGCUUCCGCUGGCGUGGCCGGAAUCUCGGGCGAUGGACGGUACCACAAGAGCGCCAUGAACCCCGCAAUCGUACCUCUCCCAAUGACGAAUCGUAUCAAGGGGUCGAUGAAGUGAAAACACAUUUGCUGAGCUUAAUGGACCGAGUUCUACCCUCGUCGAACGAGAGUUCGUUUCACAAGUUUCCUGGCGGAUUCUCUGCUCCUGAGGUCCAAAUGGAAGCCCAGUUUGGGCAUGUCUUGUUCUCCGGGGAUGGUUCUCAGAUUAAGACGCAGCCAGGCUAUGGGCCUCCGCCAUUUCAUAAGACUGUUCCAGGACUGCUCAAGCUUCUCAAAGAUAUCGAUCUCGUGUCUACAACUCGGGUCGUGUACCCCCGCCUGACAUAUUCUUUUGUUGCUGAACCUGACCAGCCAGGCUUCAAAAAGGGCCAACUGUUUCCUACACUGCAGAUUACGUUCCGAAUAAUACGACCGAUAGGUGGAUAUUUUAGGCUUCGCAAGGUUCAACUCAGCUACAACUCUACUGUCCACGACAUUCUUCUUCCCGAACAAGCCGUAGAUAUUCGAUACCAUCUCCAAACGGCCGUGCAGAUCAAGAUGCAGACUCUUAAAUUUAGUGAAGAUCCUUUGGUACUGAAGCUAAAGGCCUUCGCAGAAGGAAUUCUGGAACCCCUUCAACAUGGUAUGGAUGCGACACCACCGAAUCAGACCCUCGAAAUCCCUGUAUGGGCGAUUCCAGGUCACGAGUCACAGAAAGACACAGAGACUGUCAAGUACAUGUUCUCCGGGGUGAAGUUUGCGCAAACUAUCUCGGCAAAGUACUCCUCGACCUACGUAGGCAUCACCACGGAGAACAGCGGCAAACUUGGCAGCAAAGGCACUCAAAUGACCGCAUACUACGACGAUAAAACCGUGGAGGCGCAGCAGAAUUUGGUUCCCAUCACCAAUGACAGUCAAAUGACAGAUUUCAUUCAGCAGACAUUCACACUGGCAUCAAGAAUCACAGACGCUGCGCGAAACACCACAUUGGGAUCACAGUCACUUCAUAAAUCCAUUGCCUCUAGUUCCGACCCGACGAUGCGUAUUUCAGCGGACGAGGACCGUACAAACCAAAGCUUGAGAAAUGUAGAAAAGCGUAGAGAUCCAAACAGCGCAAGGGCAAUAAACCGACGGGAUCGUUUCGGAAAUCCGGCAUACGUUGUUCGUCGUUUGCACCCGAAUAACUUCACUUCUUUGCCUAGCGACGAGCGUUCUGAAGAUCUUCAAGCCAAGGAUCACGACCCGUACAGCAUCCUCUUGAAUGAUAAAGACGCGAAGCGUGACGAGAAAGGAUCGACCAAUGGGUCGGCUUGA